AUGGCAAACCAUCAAGCCCGCAUGUCGAUGUACUCAGUUGCAUCCGACUCAGUUGGCGGUCACCGCGGGCCCGGCCAGCAAGCGUCCCAAGUGUCGACGACCACCUUGCUCAAUGGCAUUCACAACAUCUACCUGUCUUCUCAGCCAUACCAUCUCGAUGCCGGGACUAGCAUGGUGAUGAACACAUGGCUCACUGCUACUCAGACUGGCCCUGACGGAAGGGUGGGUGGUACCAUUGAUCCUGCUCUUGCAGCUCGUGCAUGGGAACAUGCUCGUCGCCGUGCUGAAGACGGGUGUAUUGUUCUUGGAUCCCUCCACACAUCAACGCCUUCCGUUCUGACACCCUUUCUCUCUUCCCUUCCGUUCACUGUGCCCUCGACUAUUUUCACUGCUUUAGAAGCAAUCAAACCUUUCGUGCGCAGCGUCACCCCAUAUAAUCCAGCAGCUCCCCGCCAAGCUGCCCUUGCUGUCAAUCUGACGCUGAACCUGACUGGCAACUUGACUGCAGCCACUCUGGCUCUCUCUCAAGGAGGCAUAGACACAACAAAGGGUCUUUUGGACAUACCGGCCGAGGCUGGAUACCGAGCAUUCGAUGUCUUCUACUACCUGCUCACAUCCGCAUCCACCCCGGCGGAACGUGAGUUCUUGGGACUUAAGCCAGCAUCCAGCUACUCGCUGUUGGCCAAGUCGGGCUCGUACGACCCACCGUCUUAUCUCCCCACUGCAGAUGAUGCCGCUGCCGCCGAUGACUUUCGGGCGGCGCUGAAGGAGAUUGGCAUCAAGGGCUCUGCUCAUCGAAACUUGAUCUCGACACUUGCCGGGCUUCUGAAGCUCGGUAACACUCUUGACUACAGUGCUGACGAGGACCAACUUGAUGAUAUCUGCGAAGACGUCGGCGGCCUGCUUGGACUUGAUCCUGAAGUCCUGGCGAGGCAAUGCAGCACGGAAGAUAGGCGCACGCUCAUUGGCGGUCUGUACGAGGCCCUGGUAGACUGGGUGAUCUCACGGGCAAACAAUGCCAUUGCUAACCAUGUGGCCCGAAUCCGCGACGGAGCUGAGUCCUUCGAUGGCCGCGGUAACCCAGCUCCGAGCUCGAAUGGCGACGCUGGUGACACCGUGGGCAUAACCAUUGUCGAGAUUCCUGAUCCGUCCCUCGGCAAAGCCAUAGCAUUGCGUGGCAUCUUUGAUGACACAACCGGCAUCAAUGCUGAGAUGAAAGAAGACGGCGUCGAGGUUCCACCCGCUGGGAGCUCCGUCUUGCGCGAGAUGCAAAACGCCGUGGCCGAGGUUGCACCAGAUCUUGGUGACAUGAACGGACCAGCCGGGCGAGAUAGAUACUUUGAACUGGAGAAACGCGAGAUCAUCCUCGAAAAGGUUGCUCUUGGCAGCGAUGACGAUGGUUUCCUGAAGAAAUUACUCUUCCCAAUCCCUGGAUCGGGGAUCAACCUUGGCCGUGCCGGACGUAUCGACCUCUCUGCAGUUCUGAGCAGCAGCCGCGCUUGGUACCACCUAUCGCUGCACCCCACAGAUGAAUCGCCCGCGAGCCUGGCGGCUCUCCCUUCGGUCACAUCUGCAUGGUCUGCUGGUACUGUUUCCCGCCAACUACGCGCCUGGAGAUUACCAGAAUGGGCAAACCGCCGAAACAAGAACUUAGAUUUCACCGCCGACUUUGACCUGGACGAGUUUGCAACCCGGUUUGCGCCGUUGGGCUGCCGGGAUGGUCGCGAUGGCAUUGAAACUUGGGUUCUUGAACGAGGCUGGAGCAAUGGCGAGGUGGUUGUUGGCAAAGAACGCGUGUGGAUGCGUGAGACAGCCUGGUGGGAGGCCGAGACUAUGCUUGAUAUGAAGCCUGCAGAUCUCAUGCUCGGCUCAAAUGGCCUUGAGACUGGAUAUUCGAACACAGGCAGUGGCUAUUUUGGCGCUCCGCUUGACAACGGUAGCCACGAUCACCUGGUUCAUUCUCGAAACCAAAGUCAACUUACCCUGGGCCAGCAUGCGAUGCCUGCCCCUUCUAUUGCACCAACAGCCAUGCGAAAUGUCAGCGCUGGUGACUACGGCUUAGGUCAUAAGGGAGACAAUCAUCGUGAUGACAUCUACUACACCAACAACGGAGAGUUCGGCAAUGCCUUGGAUCCUGAUCUGGCUCGGGGCAAGCAUGUCGAGACUCAAGACAUCACUUUUGGCCGAAGGGCCUGGGUUGUGUUUGUGUGGGCUCUGACCUUCUGGAUCCCUUCGCCCUUGCUCAAGUGGGUUGGCCGUAUGAAGAGACCUGAUGUGCGAAUGGCGUGGAGAGAGAAGCUGGUGCUUGUGUUUCUUAUCUUUUUGGCCAACGCCAUUGUUGUCUUUUGGAUCGUCGAAUUCGGCCUACUCCUUUGCCCUAAUUUUGAUAAGGCUUGGACUCAAGAUGAGGUUGCGACGCACCAGGGUUCUGCCGACUUCUGGGUCAGCAUCCACGGUAAGGUCUACGACCUGACCAGCUUCUACAAAUUAGACCACAGUGACACCGACAUUUCGACUGACGCAGCUACCAUGACGCCUUUUGCUGGCCUGAACCUGGACGAAUACUUUGUGGCACCCCUGCCUCUGAGCUGUCCUGGACUUGGUAUCGAUAAAACCACCGCACUCUCGCCAAACACCACUGUCGAACUUGCCCAAGGUCUCCAUACUUCUGGGUAUUUCCAGGCUGAUCCCACCACCAAGCUAAGGUCCGAAACCUGGUACCGGGAUUAUUUCGAACCAAGAAUAAAGCAGUACUACCACGGUGAUCUGGUAUGGGACAAGCAAUUUGUAGCCGAGGACGGUUCAGACAAUAACCACCAAUGGGUUAUCUACGACGGCUCCAUCUACGAUCUCACCGAUUACUUCCAUACCAUCGACUUUUAUCAGAACCUUGCACAGUACAAUUUCUUAGACGGUACUUUGGUGCAGAUCGCUAAGGACAACCCCGGUGAAGAUGUCACAAACCAAUGGAACAGCCACAUCAAUGCUGUUAAGAGCAACCAGACAGCCUACGCUACUGCCAUGAACAGCAUGAACUGUAUCAAGAACACGUUCUAUGUCGGUAUCCCGGAUUUCCGAUACUCCGCCAGGUGCCAGGUCAACAACUACAUCCUGCUGGCUUUUACGAUCAUUAUGUGUUCCGUCAUCGCCAUCAAGUUUCUUUCGGCUCUCCAGUUCGGUUCUAAGCGUCGGCCUGCACCUCAAGACAAGUUCGUUAUCUGCCAGGUCCCGGCCUACACCGAAGACGAGGACUCGCUGCGGAAAGCUCUGGAUUCCCUAACUGCUCUACAAUAUGACAACAAGAGGAAGCUAAUCUGUGUCAUUUGCGAUGGUGUCAUCAUCGGACAAGGAAACGAUCGUCCCACGCCCAAGAUUGUCCUUGAUAUUCUUGGGGUUGAUCCCAAGGUCGACCCUCCUGCCUUGCCGUUCAAAUCAGUCGGAGCUGGCAAUGAGCAACUGAACUACGGAAAGGUCUACUCUGGCCUCUACGAAUUCGAAGGCAACGUCGUUCCCUACAUCGUUAUCGUCAAAGUCGGCAAGGAGUCGGAGCAGACUAAGGCUAAGCCUGGAAACCGUGGCAAGCGCGACUCGCAGAUUGUCCUCAUGAGCUUCCUAAACCGUGUCCAUCACCGUGCCCCCAUGAACCCUCUUGAAUUGGAGGUAUUCCACCAAAUCAACAACAUUAUUGGAGUUGAUCCCGAACUCUACGAGUACAUACUCAUGGUCGAUGCCGAUACCUCCGUACGCGAGGAUUCGCUCAACCGUCUCGUGGCUGCGUGCGCCAAUAACUCCAAGAUAGCUGGUAUCUGUGGUGAGACGGCUCUCCAGAACGAGGAAAGAUCAUGGUGGAGUAUGAUCCAGGUUUACGAAUAUUUCAUCUCUCACCACCUGGCAAAGGCUUUUGAGUCCCUCUUCGGCAGUGUUACUUGUCUUCCUGGAUGUUUCACCAUGUACCGUCUACGUACCGCGGACAAGGGCAAGCCUCUAAUCAUUUCCGACGCUGUCAUCCGUGAGUACAGUGUCUGUAAUGUCGACACGCUUCACAAGAAGAAUCUGCUAUCGCUAGGAGAAGAUCGUUUCCUCACCACAUUGAUGACGAAGCACUUCCCUUAUAUGUCCUAUAAGUUCAUCCCCGAUGCCUACUGUCAAACAGCCGCGCCAGAAGAAUGGAGCGUUUUGCUUUCUCAAAGACGACGAUGGAUUAACUCCACCAUCCACAACCUGGUUGAGCUGAUGAUGCUCAAAGAUAUGUGCGGUUUCUGCUGCUUUUCCAUGCGAUUUGUUGUGUUUAUCGAUCUGGCCGGAACCAUCAUCCUUCCUGCGACUACUGUGUAUCUCGGCUACCUGAUUUACCGUGUAGCUUCGGGCACCGGCCAGUUCCCCUUGAUCUCCAUUAUCAUGUUGGCAGCAGUGUACGGCCUGCAGGCAAUCAUCUUCAUUCUGAAGAGACAGUGGCAGCACAUUGGUUGGAUGAUCAUCUACAUUAUCGCGUUCCCCAUCUAUUCCUUUAUCCUGCCCAUCUAUUCCUUCUGGAAGCAAGAUGAUUUCUCGUGGGGUAACACAAGAAUUGUCAUUGGUGAGAAGGGUAGCAAACAAGUGGUUGCUGUCGAUGGAGAAACAUUUGACCCUCGUUCGGUUCCUCUCCAACGCUGGGAUGAUUAUGCUGCUCUUAACAACCUGCCAGGACGCCGUGGAAAUUACUCUGAGAAGGCAGAGGCCCCUCCGUUUGAUGACACGUAUGAGAUGGACGACAUGAAGUCUGUUUACAGCUCAGUGCGUCAGCAGUCAGUUCUCCACGGCCUCCAAGGCCACCGCCCAGGCUCUACUUUCAUGCCCCCUACGUCACACUCUCCUGCACCAUAUGGCUCAAUGACGCGGAACUCGAAUUUCGCGCCAUACUCCGACGGCCCACAGGCCAUGCAUCGCCAGUCGACUGCAUCCUUUGGCGAUAUCCAGCGCAUGCAGAGCCCUUACCAAGACAGACCCAGCACAUCCAAUCUUCGCGGAGUGGCGAACAUCUCGCCGUCUCGUGACAUGCACAGACAGUCGCAAAUCUCGCUUGGCUACACCGGUGGGAGCCGACAACCACUCGGUCACGGCGCUGGAAACCAGAGCAUGGCUUCGUUCGACUUCCAACGGGGCCACCAAGGCCCUGACGACAGUAUGAUCGUCGAGGCAAUCCAGGCCGUCCUCAAUGAGGUUGAUUUGGAUACCGUCACAAAGAAGCAGGUGCGCGCUUUGGUGGAGCAACGGCUGCAGAGCGAGCUGUCUGGUGAGAGGAGGACUUUCAUGGAUCGCCAGAUCGACAAUGAGCUGGCAAACAUGUAG